UGGUGAAUAAAAUGUGACCCCACAGUAAGAAGAAGAAAUGCAAAAAUGAAAACAGUAAAGAAUUUUUAUAGAAUCGCUAGUGCAAAAUAUUGGUAAAUAAAAAUAUUUGUAUUUGAGAAAUUAUCGGGAAUCAAUGUAAAUGGAUCAACAAGCAGCUACAGGAACAUCGUAUACGGAUGGUGCGAUAGGUAAUCAAUCCACUGAACUGACUGCGACACAUUUAAAUGCAAGUGUUGAAACUGUGCCGCCAAGUGAAGGUAGUGAUGUUGGGGCCUCUGUUGAAUCUACGCCGAAACCCCUACUAGAGAGCAGUGUUCAAGCAGAUGCAACAGAUAUAGGAAAUGUUGAUGAAGAGCCGUCCGUUAUAAGUGCAAGAAAUGAAGCAGUACCAGAAAACAUCUCCGUUGCACAGCCAGGUACAGGGUGUGCAUUGCAACCAACAGAUGCUUCUACAAUACCCACUGCAAUAAAUACUGAGGCUAAUCCUUCAAACUAUGACGAAAAUACGCCAGAAGAAGGCGUGCAAUUAAUGGACAAUAACCUAACGUCAGGUGCAGUAGCAGCCAAUAUGGAGAUUGAAGUUGAUCAGCUACAAAACACUAAUGGUCAACCACAAAUUGAAGCAGAUGGCAUCUCACUUGAAGAGCUUGCACAAAAUAACAAUGAGAACGAAGAUGAAAAUAAUGAAGACAUACGUUUUGAUCCCUCACCGCUAAUUGAACCACUCUUGGAAGAUGAUGAAAUGGGCGAACAAGGCGUGGACGAUGACGAUGAUGAUGACCAGCCAAUAGGUGAUUAUGAGGGUGAAGAUAACUUAAUGCUGGAGGACAUUUCGGAUGAUGCUUCAACUUCCCCAGAUGCUGUUUUUGAUGAUGACCAAAUGCGCGCUGCCUUUAGUGAAAUGCUUGUGCAAAAUAGACGCGGUGGUGAAAACUUUAUGCAACGUCUGCGCAGCGCUUUCUUUACAAUGGAACAUAAUCGGGAGCGUCGACGCCAUGAAACGGAAACCAACGAAGUGGAAGUUGAAGAACCCGAACCUGAAAAUCCUGUAAGCUUUGACACCAGCCUACCAGCUGAGCAUUCAUAUUUGGGCGAGAAUAUGGACCGCGUGUCGGGUGUGCAUUAUUUGGAAGUUGGGCAACAAUACAAUUUAAUGCUUUUCAUGCAUCAGCACAUACUAUUUCCUGGUGAAGUGCUGCCCUUUAUGAUCUCCGGUUCGAUCAUCGAAUCUGAUAUGAGCGCACAAAAUGGUUUGCUCUUUGGCGUUUGCUUCCCCACGCUCUGCAACAGCGAGGAGAUAGACGAUAACUUUUAUGGCGUCACUUGUCAAAUCUAUGAAAAGGGUACCGAUGAACGUGGCAACACUUUGAUCAAAUCGCGCGCAUUACAACGUUUUGUUACCAAAGGAAGUCAAGUGACGGGUCCACUGUCAUUUAUAGCCGCCCAUCCACAAUUCAAGGUCUACGGCAAAGUUAGAAUACUUCCUGAAAUCUAUUUACGCGAACCACUUCAAUGCAUUGAUAUGGGUUCACUGAAUCGAUUUCGUGAUAUAAAUUCCAUGCGCGAAACCUAUAAACGUUAUCAAGCAGCCACAACAGCUUGGCCGGCACAUAUUUACGACUACUACAGCAUUACGGCCAUUGUGGAAAAGGCGCGUUCACAAUUGGCACAGCACAAAAUCGACACAAUGCCCACUGAUCCAACCCAAUUGUCAUUUUGGUUGGUACGCAAUCUGCAUCUGUCCGAUAGUCUAAUGAAGACCAUAUUUCUGACCGAUUCGGUUAAUAUACGUAUGAAACUCAUAUCGGACACAUUUACGGAUGAUUCGGUUUUUACUUGUCGUUAUUGUGGCAAUCGCAUAGCAAACUGUCAACAACUAUUCGCAAUGUCAAAGCAUGGCGUGCAAACGCAGUAUUGCAAUUCGGCUGGUUAUAUACAUGAAACAAAUACUGUCUAUCAACUAUUACCGGACGCAAUUACAUAUAGUGGACAGCCAUCCGCAAAAUUCAGCUGGUUUCCUGGUUAUGAAUGGCAUAUUAUUGUCUGCAAAAUUUGCUCACGUCACAUUGGCUGGAAAUUCAAAGCGCUCGAACCGAAUUUAGUGCCGAAAUCAUUCUUUGGCAUUUCCAGCUCCAGCGUACGCAUUAGCUCACCAACACCGGAAAACACCAAUUCACGCGCAGCAGUUUUUCAAAGCUUGAUGAGAUUAGUGCGCCGCGAAAUGCAAUGAAUUUGGAGAGCGGUGAAGCGUUUAAAUUGCAAUUGCCAUUGUUGCGGCAUGAGGCGUGUGAAUAGAGCCCCGCAGCCGCAGGAAAAUGAACUAAAUGUUAUAGAUUUGGUGUGACCCUAUGUGCUUAGUGAUGUGCGGCAUUUGGUUUGCCAAAUAAUUAAAGAAAAGUAAAACGUUUCACCCGGCAUUAUAUAUAAUUUUCUAUAUACAUACAUAUUUAAGCGGUGCUAAUGUUCGUAUAGAAUUAAAAAUUAUACUGAUCGACAAAUUUGGUGACUCGUGUAGUGCGACAACACAUCAGCAACUUCAUAUUGACAACUUUUUUGAUUAUUAUAAACAAGAGUGUGUGCAAAACGGAUUUUACUUGAAUUAAUUUUUGAAGAAAAAUUGAAUUAUUUAUUGAAAUAUGUUUGCUUUAUAUGUACAUAUGUGCUGUUAUAUGCAUAUUAAAAAAGUCAGUGCGAAUAUUGCGACAUGUUGAGCAAGAUUUUGUUGGAAUGACAAUUUUUGCUAACCUAAAAACUACGAUGAUUUGUUGAGGGCGUGACAGAGUAUCAUUUUCAAAGCCACAACGAUUUGUUUUUAUUUAUUGUAAAACUAAUAUAUUUUCUUUUCAAAUCCAUAACUACGACUA